UGCGGUAAGCAUAGCCAUGCCUAUUUUGGCAGCCGUCAAGUACUAUCAAAUAUCCAGUCUAUAAAUAUGAGGAGCUGCUUGCGGCCCUUUAUUGUUGGAAGGGUAGUCCACAAAAAAGCGACAGUUUCUUCAAUUUCAAAAAUUUCAAAUCAAGUUUUAGCUUCAUUUGAGCGUCAAAAUAUCCACAUAUAAAAAAGCUCGAUUCUCUCAUCAAUGAUGGCCAACAAUUGUUGUUUUCUUCUGGCGUUGUUGGUCAUGCUUCAGCAGACAUGUGCUGACUUGUCCAGUCUGUGAGACUAAUGACUGCAGAGCUAAACUGGGCAGUCGUAAGAAUCCCGCGCGGUCAUGCAAGGCAAUCCUCGAGGAUGACCCAUUUGCCAAGAGUGGUGUUUUCUACAUCAUUACCAAGCCAUACGUCACCAAGGUCUACUGUUACAUGGAUUACAUCCCCGGAUGUGGUGGAGGAGGCUAGACUACCAUCAUGAAGACCGAUGGUCACAAGCAAACUUUCAAGUACACCUCAGCCCUGUGGGUCAAUAAAGAACCAUAUAACAUGCCUGGAGGCGAAUUAGGUGUGGAUAACCAAGAAACCAAGUUGCCUACCUAUUGGACUAUGCCCUUCAAUAGUCUCUGUCUGGGAAUGAAAACCAGUGGGAACACAAGUGAACCAAACUGGAUACGCCUGAAAUAUAGGGCAAGUUCGCUGUACUCUGUGAUCGCAGACGGACGUUACCGCAGUUUCUCGAUUGGUCGUAACGCGUGGAAGUCUCUCAUCCCGGACUCUUCUCUGCAGAAAUACUGCAACAAAGAGGGCUUCAAUAACGUUGCAAACCAACGACACGUCCGCAUUGGUAUCCUGAGUAACGAGCAGAAUCACUGUGGAUCUCCAGACUCUCUGAUCGGGUUUGGAAUAACUGGUCCUAUGCCGGACGAAUACUGUCACACUGAUGGGUCUAUAUCUUCUGGUAAUACCGCAGGAUGCGAGGCUGAUAAUGGGGUGAAGAACAUCGCAACCCAUGGUUACAUACUGGCACAGUAGACCAAUGUUCAACAUGAACCCAUGCAGGGAAGAAAUUAUCAGUAAGGUGUUGGGUAUAAUAAAAUGAUGUAGGGUAAUAAUCUAAAGUAGAAAUGAUGUCGCUAAAAUGCAAGAUUGAAGUAAGGUGUAAUAAAAUAAGUUGUUGUCAUGAUGAGAUGA